GCUGAGGGACUUCCGGCGCUGCGUCUCCGGCCCAUGCCGGAAGUGGGGGCGGGACUCUCCCGUCAAUCGCCGGCGCCGUCCCCCGACCAAUCGGCGUCCUCCUCCUCCUCCUCGGCGAACGAGAUGGCGGCCAGCGCGGUGCGGAGGGGCCUUUUGGGCCCGGCGCGGAGGCUAGGCCUCGCCGGGUCGCGGCGGUUCAGCAGCGGGGGCGGCUACCCCGGCACACCGCUGACGGCCCCUCUGCCGGGGCUGCCCAAGCCCACCUUCGCCGGCCUGGACGGGCCGGAGGGCUUCGAGACGGAGGUCAGCGCCCUGGAGGGCGGGCUGCGCGUGGCCUCCCAGAGGAGGUUCGGGCCCUUCUGCACCCUGGGCGUCCUGAUCAACUCCGGGUCGAGAUACGAAGCCAAGUACACCGGCGGCAUUUCCCACUUCCUGGAGAAGUUGGCCUUUUCCUCUACAGCUCAGUUUAGCAGCAAGGAUGAGAUCCUUCUCACGCUGGAGAAGCACGGAGGCAUUUGUGAUUGCCAGGUGUCAAGGGAUACCACCAUGUAUGCCAUUUCUGCAGAUAGCAGGGGCCUGGACCCCAUGGUCAGUCUCUUAGCUGAUGUGGUUCUCCAGCCCAGACUGUCAGAUGAGGAAAUCGAGAUGACUCGAAUGGCGGUCCGCUUUGAGCUGCAGGACCUGAACAUGAGGCCCGAUCCAGAGCCGUUGCUGACUGAGAUGAUCCACGCAGCCGCUUACAGGGAAAACACCGUGGGAUUGAACAGGUUCUGUCCGGCGGAGAACAUUGAGAAAAUCGACAGGGCGCUCCUCCACUCGUACCUGAGGAAUUACUACACCCCCGACAGGAUGGUGUUGGCUGGUGUGGGAAUCGAACACCAGCAGCUUGUGGACUGUGCUCGCAAGUACUUCCUGGGAGCCGUGCCAGUGUGGGGAAACGGGAAAGCUGAGGAUGUGGACAAGUCAGUUGCCCAGUACACUGGCGGGAUCCUCAAGCUUGAGAAGGACAUGUCAGAUGUGAGUUUAGGGCCAACCCCCAUCCCAGAGUUGGCCCACAUCAUGAUUGGACUGGAAAGCUGCUCGUUUCUGGAGGAAGACUUCAUUCCCUUCGCUGUCUUAAACAUGAUGAUGGGCGGCGGUGGGUCUUUCUCGGCUGGAGGCCCCGGCAAAGGCAUGUUCACGCGGCUGUAUCUCAACGUCCUCAAUCGGCACCACUGGAUGUACAACGCCACCUCCUACCACCACAGCUACGAGGACACCGGCCUCCUGUGCAUCCACGCCAGUGCAGAUCCCAGACAGGUCCGUGAAAUGGUGGAAAUCAUCACCCGGGAAUUCGUUUUAAUGGCUGGAGCCCUGGGAGAGGUUGAACUGGAGCGGGCCAAGACCCAGUUGCGGUCCAUGCUGAUGAUGAACCUGGAGUCUCGGCCGGUCAUUUUCGAGGACGUCGGGAGACAGGUCUUGGCCACGGGAGGGAGGAAGCUGCCGCAGGAGCUCUGUGUCCUGAUCGACAAAGUGAGUGCCGGUGACAUCAGGCGGGUGGCGACGAAGAUGCUGCGGAAGAGGCCGGCAGUGGCUGCCCUGGGGGACUUGCGGGAGCUGCCCAGCUACGAGGACCUCCAGGCCGCCCUCGCCAGCAAGGACGGGCGCCUUCCCAGGGUGUACCGGCUGUUCCGUUAAGGUUGCAGCUGCCCCACCCAGGGCUUUGGUCGAGACGACCCGUUGCUCGCCAAGUGCUUCUUCUCUGCCAAGAGGGCGACUUGGCGCGCACACUGGGCAUCGGAGGAAGGUGUUCGCCAGAGCCUUUUCCACAUCUGUUCAAAUUCUGUUCAGCUUUAAAAAUAACUUACUUUGUGAGACUCAAACUAAAUGAGAAGAUGGAGGCCGGACGGUUGACGAGAGCUGCUCCUAACGAAUCAGAUUGCUAUUUUGGUAUUUCAAAUUCCUGUCCUUGUCGAUUUGUCUUGAAUUAAGGGACAGUAAAUCUGAGCCACGUCCAUGGCGAAGAAUACAGAUAAAAGAGUUAAUGAGGGUGCUA